UCCGGAAAUAGUCGGAAUUUAACGUAAAGUACAUUAGUACAGUAAAAAGUUUAAAAUGUCUUGAUUAUAAUUUAUAUUUUGUUUUAAAAUAUUAGCUAUGAGCAAAACUGAAAUAUUCACGUUGGACACCGAGCUUUACGAAAAGUAAUAGGUAAAAUGUCAAACUAGGUCAAUAAGUCAUGAGCUCAAAGCAUGUGGUCUGAAGAUGUUAGCCUUGGCGAGUAAUACAAGAAUCAGUGACGAAGAUUAUUACAAAGAGUAUUGGCCUAAAUUGCGGGCUGCUAUUCACAUUAUUUUACGUCAAAAACCAGGGGAAUUUAUACCAAUAUCUUACGAAGAGACCUACAGUGCCGUGUACAAAUGUGUUUGUUUUCAACAUUCUGAGAAGCUCUACGAAAAUUUAAUGACUUUAGUAAAUGAAGUCCUUACUAGAAUAAAAGAUGAUUUAGAGAGUCAACCCUUCAAUGUGUUCUUGAAACAAUUUGCUUACAUCCAAACACAAUAUUUUCAAAGUGUUGAAGGAAUUACUGCAGUUUUCAAUUAUAUGAACAGAUUUUAUGUACAGCCGAAGAAAAACUGUGAUCUAAAAUCAGAGUUGUUGAUGCUGUUUUCACAAGUAGUUGCUGAUAAUGAAAGACUUUUUGAAAUUCUUGAGUAUAGUGUGAAUGAAUCAUUUUCAUCCGAGCCAGAUUUGCUUAUGACAAUUGUGCGAGGUCUCUACACACUUAGGCCAGACUUUGCACAGAGGAUUCCUGAUCUGUUUUCACGCUUCAUACCAAAUCUCGUUUCUGGUGCUGCGUCACUAGAUCAAGAAAUAAUGGAAACUUUAGAAAUGCAAGAUGAUUUGAGAGAGCAAAAGGAUUUUAUGAGAAAUAUAAACCAUCUAAAACGAAGCUCCGAGACCAUAGAAACAAUCUACGAAGGUUCUGCUAAGAAGUUAGAUUCUAAGAAGUUAGAUUCUAUGAAGUUGUGAAUGUGAAAAGAUGACAUUAAUCCCUACUGAACAAGUUUAAAAUCAAACACAAUUCAUAUUUUAAUUAUGUUAAAUAACCAUUAGUGUAGAAAGGUUUUAAUAAAAAAGAUGUUGAUGA